GAACUUCACAGAAUCACAGCCCUAGUUGGAGAAGAACGACUCAGCUCUCCACUGAUCUUCAGCCCCAAUUUCUCCUUGUCUCGUGCAUCUUGCUCGUUCGUCCUCGAUUGCAGUCCUCCUCAAUCCUCCGUUCUUCCCCUCCAUUCGUUCUCUCUUCUGAUUGCAGCUCAGCUCGUCCCCGAUUGCAGCUCUUCUACUCUGGUUCAGUCGCUGAGGCGCAAGGCUCGUCUAUUGAGGGUGAAGCCUGAGCUGGAUAAAGCAGUUGUUGUUAGGAAGGACUGGAAGACAUCAUAUGAUAUGAUUCUCUACCUUGCCCUCUCCGGUCAUCGGCCCUCUCUCGGCUGUUGGGCUUCUCCUCAUCCGGUAGCCGGCCCUCUACCGGGGCCACCCGGAGGGCAUCCUUUCCCGGAGCGUGAACAGAUUGUCUCCGUAGCAGCAUCUUCCUAUGUUCCUGUCAAGCUCCAAAUCUUCCUCAAAUCACGGGACAUUCAGCUCAGUUCGCUCACCUUCAGUCGGACAACACUAACCCCUAUCUGACAAAAAUCGAUCUUGAGAUCGCAGGAAUCGAAUUCGCCGUUUUGGGGUUAAUCAUACUAGAGAUCUUUUAGUGGCGUUUGCUUGAAGUUUUAUAGCGAAAACAAUAAGAAUGGAGGAUGGCGAGGAUGAAGCGAAGAAGGCACAGGUGAUCGAUGCUCGUGCGAGGAACAUCAGUCACAAUGUCCGCUGCACUGAGUGUGGAAGCCAGUCGAUUGAAGAUUCACAGGCUGAUAUUGCUAUUCUCCUCAGGAAGUUGAUCCGCGAUGAGAUUUGUGCUGGAAAAAGUGACAAAGACAUUUACAAGAAGCUUGAGGAUGAUUUUGGGGAGACCGUUCUUUAUACCCCUAAGUUCGAUUAUCAGACUGCAGCUUUGUGGCUAUCUUCGCUGCUGGUUGCUGGAGGUGCUGUGGGGGUAUGGGCUUUCCAAAGGCACAGGCAGAAGACGAAUGUCCACGUAAUGGCGCUGAACCUUGUUAGAGGUGUUCCAUUGACAAGGAAUGAGAGAGCAACCAUGCUUGAUCUUCUCACUCCGCCUCCCUCGCAUCAAGGAACUCAAGGAAGUCCCUUCUCCUGGUGGAAGAAGUGGCGAGGCAAAUGAUCGUUUUGUGGAACAUUCCAGUGACAAUACCCUAAGGGCGGAGAAAAUUAUGGCUUUAUUCGUUCAUGAGAUCAAGUAGCUCGCGGAUAUGCCCAUGCUUUAGGUGCAGUAUAAAUCUAUUAUAUGUAUGUGACUUUGCCUCAGUUUUAGUCUAUAUAGUUAACAUAGGGGAGUCGUGUUAAUUUUGAGCACCGGGUAUGUUCUGAAUUUCUUUCUCCUCAGUCAUGAUGAUUGAGCAAUUAUCUCUUAUCAUUGGGCUGGAGAUAGUUGCCGUCUCUUCCCUCUAAAAAAAGUUAUAGAAUGACAAUUUAGAGAAAAUGAGGUUACUUUCCAGUAUUAGUUUUUAGUGAUUUUCAAUGAUGAAAGCAACCAAUAAACAGAAGAGCGAGCUGUUGCCUUUGUAAAUGGGAAACGAUCCAAACAGAUGUGGACAAAGGAUCAUUUGCAGGAAAUUGCUGAAGCAUUGGAUUGUUAAGCUGUUAAGAACAUUAAGGGAAAAUAUUAUUUCUUC